UAUGACCAAUUUAUAAUAUUAGUCCCAAACACAUCACCACAAACACUUUUAUCUAUACCAAAGGGUAAGUGUAGCUAGUCAUUUUCCCCCAUGGCUUUAGCUUUAUCCAUGCCUGUAGUUUUCACACUUAUCAUACAAGUAGUUGUAGCAAGUCUUGGCCUAAGAGCCGAGGCUCGAGCCUUUUUUGUGUUCGGAGACUCGCUUGUGGACAAUGGCAACAACAACUAUUUGGCUACAACAGCUCGUGCCGAUGCUCCUCCUUAUGGCAUUGAUUCUCCGAGUCAUCGAGCAAGUGGUCGCUUCUCAAAUGGACUCAACAUUCCUGAUCUUAUCAGUGAGAGAAUUGGUGCCGAAACUACACUGCCAUAUCUGAGUCCUGAACUCCAAGGCGAAAAGCUACUUGUUGGAGCUAAUUUUGCUUCUGCUGGAAUUGGAAUACUUAAUGACACUGGAGUCCAGUUUGUUAACAUAAUCCGGAUGCCCUUCCAGUUGAGGUACUUUGAACAGUACCAGCAAAGAGUGAGUGCUCUGAUCGGAGAAGAGCAGGCAAAGAGACUUGUACGCGAAGCACUUGUUCUCAUAACGCUAGGAGGCAAUGACUUUGUCAACAAUUAUUUCUUGGUACCGUUAUCCGCUAGGUCUCGCCAAUACACUCUCCCCAAUUAUGUCCCCUUCAUCAUCUCUGAAUACCGCAAAAUUUUAGAGAGGCUAUAUGAACUAGGAGCUCGCAGAGUUCUUGUGACAGGAACCGGACCACUAGGGUGCGUGCCUGCAGAGCUAGCCCAACGUAGUGUCAAUGGCGAAUGUGCAGCGCCACUCCAACAAGCUUCUGCUUUAUUUAACCCCCAACUGGUUCAGCUUCUCAAUCAACUCAAUACUGAAAUCGGAGAUCAUGUGUUUAUUGCAGUGAAUACUAAUGAGAUGAAUCUUGAUUUUAUCAACAAUCCUCAGCAAUAUGGAUUUGUAACAUCAAAGAUAGCUUGCUGUGGACAAGGAAGAUACAAUGGAAUUGGAUUAUGUACUCGAUUGUCAAACUUGUGCGAGAACAGAGAUUUGUAUGCAUUUUGGGAUCCAUUUCAUCCUACAGAGAAAGCAAAUAGGCUGAUUGUUCAACAAAUGAUGAUUGGCCCUGAAAAGUAUAUGAGUCCAAUGAAUCUCAGCAUGAUCAUGGCAAUGGAUUCUAAAGUUUAAGCAGUAGUUUACUGGUCGCCGUUAUCAUUAAACCAUGUUGUUAUCUCUUAUUUAAUUUUCCUUUCUCGCAUGUUCCUUGAAUGUUUUUGAAUUGAAUUUCCUUUCCCAGCUGAUUAAUUCUAUAUGAUCAAGAAAUGUGCAUUGGCACAACAUUUUAUUCCUUA